GGGAGAAGGCAGGCACGGGUUAUUGAUAGGGGACGAUCAGCCAUGAUCACAUUGAAUGGCGGUGCUGGCUCGAAGGGCCGAAUGGCCUCCUCCUGCACCUAUUGUCUAUGUUUCUAAUGUUUCAGGUGGUGGCGCCUGGGGCAGCGGGAGCUGCGGACCUGGACAGGACGACCCGCGAGAGGAACGAAGCCUUAAAGGAGCUGAAGAAAGUGAAGGACCAGCUCGUCCAGUCAGAGAAAAGCAGGAAGACUCUGAGCGAGGAGUUGCAGAAAGUCCGACAGGAGGCGCGGUGUGCGGUGGAGGAGGGACGUUCGCUACGGGGUCGGGCCCACCUGGCGGAGGCGGCCCAGCGCCACGCACACAUGCCAGAUGGACACGAGGAUAGCACAUGGAAACACGAGACACACAAACACGCUGUGCGCGGGGCACGGCCAGGCAACUCUGUGGGGGGGGUAACACGUGUGCGCGGGUAA